UUUUUUUUGUUUUAGCAAACUUGAUGGUCCACUGAGAAAUCAAAUACAUGUUUUUUUCCGAAGGAAAAGUGUCUUAAGAACUUCUUCAGCUCAGGCAAAAAAAUCUAUUAGCAAUGCUGCUACUUCUCAUCAUGAACAUCGUGCUUUGUGUGGCAAUUUGCAAUAAUGCAGAAUAUGAAAUUAAUGGAGAGUGUUGCCCAAUGUGUGAUCCAGGAAAGCGAGUUCAUAAACGUUGUGAUGCGUACACAAGCACAACAUGUGAUUCAUGCCAUGUGAAGACCUACACUGAUGCUCCUAAUGGACUGACAGAAUGUCUGCCUUGUUCAUUAUGUGAUCCAAGUAAUGGGCUGAGAGUAAAAAAGGCAUGUACAUUAAAAUCAAAUACAGUUUGUGAACCUCUGCCAGGAUAUUACUGUAUAGACUUUUUCUCAAACUGUCAAAAGGCGAUUAAACAUUCAAACUGCUCACCUGGACAUUACAUCAACCAAACGGGAACAGAAUUCAGUGAUACAGUGUGUGAUGAAUGUCCUGCUGGUUCAUAUUCAGAUGGAACACUCUGCAAAUUACAUACAAAGUAA